AGUCGAAAUCUUAUGACGGCUGCCGAGCAGGGUCAGUCAGUGUGAGACGUGUCGCUCCUCAGUUCAGUCAGUACAUCUCUGGUCAUGGCUCCCAAAGGCGCCAGCAAGCAGCAGUCUGAGGAGGACCUUCUCCUACAAGAUUUCAGCCGGAACCUGUCUGCCAAGUCAUCAGCGUUGUUCUUCGGAAAUGCCUUUAUCGUAUCCGCUAUCCCUAUCUGGCUGUACUGGCGGAUUUGGCAUAUGGAUCUGGUGCAAUCAGCUGUUCUUUAUACUGUUAUGACACUUGUUAGUACUUACUUGGUGGCUUUUGCUUACAAAAAUGUCAAAUUUGUUCUUAAACACAAAGUAGCCCAGAAACGGGAAGAUGCUGUUUCUAGAGAAGUGACACGCAAACUUUCAGAAGCUGACAACCGCAAGAUGUCCAGGAAGGAGAAAGAUGAAAGAAUCCUUUGGAAAAAGAAUGAAGUUGCUGAUUAUGAAGCUACAACUUUCUCGAUUUUCUACAACAACACUCUGUUCCUGGUCUUGGUCAUUGUUGCAUCGUUCUUUUUACUGAAGAACUUCAACCCUACAGUAAACUACCUUCUCUCUAUUAGUGUUUCCUCCGGACUGAUUGCUCUGCUUUCUACAGGAUCAAAGUAGAUGUUCUGAUCUAUCAAAGUUAAGGUUUCAUGCAACGUUACAUUAUUUUUCUGUAAAAUUCUUUAUUAUUUUUUUUUUUUUUUUUUAAAUACCAUCAUUAAAAUAAAGUAUUUUGUUUUUUGUU